CAUAUCUCACUCUGUGCUCUGGGUUUGUCCAACCCUUCAUCACAUCAACCAGCUUAAACGCUCUUUCGCUGUCUGUGGAGUCUGGACUCUGGAGUCCUUGUUUCUUCUGCUUCUACCUAAAGAUUUUGUUUCUUUCUUGCUUCUCUAUGAUGAACGCAAGGCAUGCGUCUCCUUUCACUACAUCUCAGUGGCAAGAGCUUGAACAUCAAGCUCUCAUAUUCAAGUAUAUGGUGUCUGGGGUUCCCAUUCCACCUGAUCUCAUCUUCUCUCUCAAACGAAGCCUGGACUCUACACUCUCAUCAAGGCUCUUCCCUCACGAACCCAUUGGGUGGGGUUGUUUUCAGAUGGGUUUUGGCAGGAAAGCAGACCCAGAGCCAGGGAGGUGCAGAAGAACAGAUGGGAAGAAAUGGAGGUGCUCGAAGGAAGCAUACCCGGAUUCAAAGUACUGCGAGAGACACAUGCACAGAGGCAGAAACCGUUCAAGAAAGCCUGUGGAAGUUAUUGCAUCAAACCCUUCAACACCCAUGUCAUCAAUCAAUCGAAACCAGUCGACGAUCACCCCCACCAAAAUCACCGCUACCACAAAUCCUUACUCCCUUUCCUCUCUUUCAUCAUCAGUUGCAGCUGACACUCAUCACCACCAUCCUUACUACAAUGCCUCACUCUAUCCCUUCCUUUAUCCUCACUCUUCUUCUAGACCUUCAGGUAUUGGUUUCUCACCCCAAAACAACUCUACCCAUUUGCUUUUAGACACUGGAUCUUACUCUCAUACCGAUAAAGAUUACAGAAGCAGGUACUCUAAUGGGCUAAAGGGGAAUGUGGAUGAGAUUGCCUUCUUCUCUGAAGCUUCAGGGACUGUUAGGAAUGUCAAUAAUUCGCCAUUUGAUAAUCCAUGGCGCUUAACCCCACUAAGGAUGAGUUCCUCCUCUGUAUCUCAAUCAAAACAGAAGAGUUGCUCUGCUUUACAAGGUGACUACACUCAAUUGCAGUUGCAGAACUUUACUGCUGUCUCUAAACAGCAAGAAGAACGGCAGAAUCAAGAGCAACACUGCUUUGUUUUGGGUACCGACAUCAAAUCUGAAAGACCAAUGAAGGUUGAGAGGGAAGAGGUACCUCAGCAACCACUGCUUCACUUCUUCGAUGAAUGGCCACCGAAGAACAGGGACUACUCCACAACCCAGCUCUCGAUUUCCAUUCCAAUGCCAUCUCCUGACCUCUCAGUGUCCAAUCCCCGAACCCAGAAUGAUGGUUGAACUGUCAAAGUGGAUGGGUUUUUUUCGCUGGAUCAAGAGAACUGCUCUGCUAUGCUCUGUGUAUUUAGGCUGUGACUGAAUAAUGAGUGCAACAAGAGCCAGAAGGAUUCCCUUUCUCUUUUUCAAUGGUUUGU